CAGUGGAAUCCAGGACGCGCAUUUCGUCGUAUUUGGGACUUGUCAGCUGGAUGUACCUGCCUCCCAGUGAGUGAUGUUGUUCCCACCGAGAUUCGGACUCAGGAGCGAUCGCUUCAAACGCUUUAGCGUUAUCCACUAGACCACCGAGCCACGACACCCACUUGUGCGACGGGUAUAGUUUUAGUGUUAUUGCUUGUAUUACACUGCCGUUGAUUGGACCGAAUUAAUCAGUUCCUUUUGUCAUAUGGGCUCCUGUGCGGAUGCCUCGGUAUUGCCUGUUUUAAUUAUGUAUAGUAAUGAUGGGUAGUGGCUAGCAGUGGAAUCCACUGAAUUACUACCUGUUGCUAAUUAGUUACAAGUUUCAAGAUGAAUAUCCUGAGGAUUUAAUGAGAGUAGCUGUAACUUGCGGAGUCAACCAAGUCCUAAGGGAAGCAGAUGCUUGCUGAUGAUCUUAAAUAAUAGUCCCAUAGUCGCCAUUUAACAGAAGUUGGAAAAUGUGGAGCACUGAACUCUGACCUUGUGGAUGAAUGGUAACACGCUCGCCGCAGGUUUGAUUCUUUGUGGGUUGAGUACACUCUACUGAGAAGUCCCAUACUAGGACGAAACAGAUGUUCCAAUGCUCCCAGGCUUUCAAUAGUUUUCCAACUGAUGUCAGUUCAUGAUGAAUACUACCUUAAAGUCAGUCAAUUCUCAGGAACCUCUAAACUGAAUCCACGUUAUAAUCUGAAACCUGGUGUUUAAAAAUCGGAGUUAUAUUCUGUAAUUAAGUUUUAACAAAAUGAAUAAAGACUAUUGAAUUGGUAAUGCUUUUUGCAUGAAGUAUUCAAAUAUCAAAGUUGAUGGUGGCCUUACGAUUUCAGUUACGUAUCUAAAGUUACUGAAAGUCAUACUCUACUCAUCCUUUCGACCCACUUAUGCCAUAGCCAAAAAAUUUCCAAAGUAUCUGUUAUGAUAUGGAGAAAGAUUGAUAAAUUCUUCGUAAGAAGCUGCUUAUGCCCAAAGCCUUUUUCAACCAAUGACUUUACUUCGAAAUUUCGAAGCAAGUUUGGGAUUUACUAUACCAACCCCAAAAUAGUAGAGAUGGGAAUAUUUCUGAAUUCUAUGGAAGUCCUUCAGUUCAAAAUUUAUUUACUAAAAGCACAUUAAAAUCAGCCACCACUCUGGAAAGUUCUCGACAUUUCAAACUCCCUGGACUCUGACUGCAAAAUGGUCAGCACAACUCUUGUAAGUGUUGCACAAGGGAGUUGUAAAACAGGUUAAUGAAGAUACCUUUCAGUUUGCUGUCGGGAUAAGAAAUGAGUGUUCAUAUAAUAUACCCUUGUUAGAAAAAGUGGGUUUGAUAUGUAACGAAUUGAGAAAGUGAGGUAAGUAAAUUAGAUUCUUUGUGCCUGAAUUCAAUUAGCGUCUCACAAGAAGUAUAAUGGAUGUAUACUGCUUCUUCAGCAAGGAAUACUAUGGAUAGUCAAAUGGUGUUGCAAUGGGAUCCACAUUGGCUUCAAUCCUGGGUGUCUAGAAAGCAUAACAAUUGAAUCAGGAUUUAUAUUUGGAGUUUCUGGAAGUUUUCGACUACUUAGAACUAAAAUACACUCAGCAGCCUUAUACGUAUUCGUGCAGUAGACAAUAAGCCACACCUACUAUGUUGAGGGCUAGUGAUUCUACCUGGCUAUCCAAACCCUGGUAGGUGUAGUGGGUUUCGAACCCGUAACCCACCGGUCAAAAGUCAUCUCCCUUGACCAGUGAGCUACUACAUCCGAAUGGUGUUUUGCCUAGCAUAAUGCACGUCGGGAAAAAAAAACCUUAUCAUUCGUAAUGGAUUUUGACUUUUAAUACAAAAUUGCUACUUUAGUUAAAUAUUAUGCAUGAAAACACUAAGUUUACUUGUUUUUUUUGGUUCCAGUCCUCAAUAUGGUUAUGUAUCAUGAUCGCAACUUAAUCAUCAAUUACAUCCCAACAUCCAUUACAGAUGCCGACCUAACCAACCUGUUUUCGUCAGUUGGUAGUAUCAAAACGUGCAGAAUAAUCCGAGACAGAAAUAGCGGCUCGAGUUUUGGCUUUGGAUUCUGUGAGUAUGAGGAUUCUGAUUCUGCACACAAAGCAAUUACACGGUUCAAUGGCUAUCGCAUUGCUGACAAAGUUUUAAAAGUUUCAUUGGCUAAGUUGCAAGGACGGCUUUGUCAGAGCUCAAAUCUGUAUGUCAAAAAUUUCCCACUCACACUUAAUGAGGAUAAUUUGACAGCCGAGUUUGGACGAUUCGGUCGUGUUGUUCAGUGUCGUAUACUGCGUGAUCACGACACUAACGUUUCCAAAGGGAGCGCCUACGUACUGUUCGAAAAUCCUUCUGAUGCCGAAGCUGCUAAGCGUUCGCUAGAUGGGCGGGUUUGGCCCGGUUCUGCAGACACUCAUGUGUUAUCUAUAAAGUUUGCUACUCCACCCUAUCGGCAGUCGGUCAGUUCAGCGAAAUCUAGAAACAAUUUUAAAAGACCAUUUGUUCAUCAAAAUUUCCGUAACGAUUGCUUCAACGAUCCUCUCUCUGCUAAUCUAACAUCACAUUCCAAGACGUCAGCGCCUGAAGUUUACGCACCUUCAGGUCAGCAGUUAUCUUUCAUCCCAAAUAAUAUAUGCACAGCAUUAGCCAACUCUGUUCAAGGAUCAUUACUGCAAUCUCCCGCUAUUCAACCACAACUCAAUCCUCAGGGUUUACUGUGGAGUAAUGAUUAUCCCAAUACUGAAUAUCAAAACCCUGCUUCUGCCUUAAGUCUAGCCUCCGGUUACUUAACCCCAUAUAUCUAUUCUCAACAGCCUUACUCAAACCUGUGGUUACCUCUUCAACAGAACUACCUCAACCAAAUUCCUUUAACUGCCUUAUGUACCAAUCAACUAGAAAGCUAUGGAAACUCAGUGCAAGGUUGUCCCAUAUUUACUAACGUACAAAAUACAUUUUAUUCUCCUAAUCAACAAAAGUCCAACUUUCCUGUUCAGAACUCGGAUAUGAUAUUUAAACAGUCGAAUGGGUUGCCUAACUUUAGUCGAUCAAAGCCAAUCAAAAGUGAUAAAAAUGAAUCUACGUCGGUAUACAUAUAUAACAUCGGGAACAUGACGGAAGCACAAACAUACGUUCUAUUUUCACAGUUUGGACCGGUCAUAAAUGUUUCUAUACCAAAAGAUUACAAAACGAAUUCUUCUAGAAAUUUGGUUUUGUUACUUACAGUAACUUUCAGAGUGCACAAAAUGCCAUAGACGUGAUGAAUGGAUUACUUUUAUCCGGUAGACGAUUACAGGUUUCAUUUCGUCAGAGUAAAGGAAGAUCAAAUAAGUUUGGAUCUGUUAAUAACUGUCGUACUGUAGAAAAAUCAGUUUCAAAACAAAAAGGAGAAAUUCCAGAUUCUGGUUGUCAUAGUCCACAGUUAUCAAGUGAUAAGUUAGAUGUCACCAACGUUUUACCGUCUGAGAAUCUUCAAGUGUCAGACACAAUUAAAGCAUUAUCUGACUUGAAAAUAUCCAAUGGAAAUGAUAUACAGCCUUUAAAAUCAAACGAUAAUGUGUAAAGUGAACAUAUAAAAGUUAGUAGAAAGAACUAACUGCAAUACUGACAUUUUGUUUGUUUUUGUUUUUGUGGACACUUCACUUUCUUCAUUAAUUUAUUUGUUUGCACACAAAUGACACCAUGUACAUAAAUACAAGAGACUAAUUUUACUAACUAUAAGCGUUUGCC